AUGUAUGACUGGACAAACGAACUGUCAAUAAAAUUUAUAGAGAAUUAUCAAUCUCAACCCGUUUCAUGGAACCCAAAGCUCCGGGGUCAUAAAGAUAAGGCAAAAACAAAUGAUGCCUGGACCAAAAUCAGUAAAGAAUUAAAUAUACCGAUUGAAGAGCUGAAGAAUAAAAAAAAUUCAAUAAUAGCAACAUUUCGCGGACAUUUAAGAAAAAAAAAGGCGUCCAUUAGAUCAGGAGCUGGACUAAAUGAGGUUUAUCAGCCAAUAUGGUUUUUAUUCAACCAGAUUGAGAGUUUUUUAGGGACUAUUAAUGAUUGUAACGCUACGAUUAAUACUGAACAGGAGUAUAACUCAGGAAUUAUCCGUGAGAUUGGAGAAGAUGAAAAUAAUGAUGGUAACGAAACAACCUUCUUAAACACCCUUAAUCAUGAAACCCUAAUAGAAAACCAAAUCAUAAGAGAAAACCAAACUCCGUCCAAACCUCGACGACGAGGUACUUCUAUUGAAUUAGAUGAAGCUGGAAAACAGAUGAAACGGGCAUUUAGUACAUUAGAAAAUUGUAUCAAUAAUAGAAAAGGGGAGGACGAGUACGAUUAUUAUGCAAAGAUACUAGCAAAAAAAAUACGUAAACUACCAGAAAACGAACGUGAAGUAUUCAUGUAUGAAGUUGAUGGACUGUAUAUUAAUUUCUUACGUCGUUCAAACAAUCAACCAUCAACUUCACGCUCCACAACGCCAAUAUUUCGAACAAAUAUUCAAAGCCGACCACUAACUUCACUCGCUUCUUAUUCUGAAACUGAAAUUAUAACUUCAAGUUAUCCGCAAAGUGCUGAGUACUCUAUUUCUAAUCCUUCUUCACCUGCAGUAAUACUGCAUAGAACACACUCUAAUCCUCAGUACUCUAAUCCACUCUAUUCAGAAUAA